AUGCAUGGUCCGGUGGCUGUGAAGGCUUGUGGAUCCCAGUCCCAGGCUCCUCGAGAUCUGCGAGAAGCUGCCCCAAGUGCCCGAGCGGCCCCGGCAGCUUGGCGACUCCCAGCUCCCGUCGCCGUGUCAGUGUCCGCCUUGGCGGCCUCGGCAGUGGCGGCGCGACGAAGGGAGCGGAGAGUGGGCCGCCGUGCCCGCCCAGCUCGCGGCGAGGCCGAGCUGAGCUCGGGCCUGGGAUCUUUGGAGGGCGCCAAGGCCCUGGUGACCGGGGGCUCCCGUGGCAUCGGCCUGGCCACCGCUCAGCUGCUGCUCUCGCUGGGUGCGGAGGUCACCAUCUGCGCUCGGGGAGAGGAGGAUCUCACGGCUGCAGAGAAGCAGAUGCCCCAAACGUUCCAAACCUGCCGGGCUGUGCCCGCAGAUCUCUCGACGAAAGCUGGCGUUGAAGCACUGGUAGACCAACUGGGCCCGGAGCUGGAUAUCCUAGUAAACAACUGCGGGAUCAACAUCCGCAAGAGGGCGGAAGACUAUACGGAGGAGGACUUCGAGCAGAUCUUCAACACAAACUUCAUGAGCUGUAUGAGGCUCUCCAGAGCAGCACUGCCGCUGCUGCGAAAGGCCAGCGAUUCGAGCGGCAGAGCAGGUGGCGCGGCAAUAGUGAACGUCUCUUCGGUUGCUGGAACUGGCCAUAUCCCUUCAGGCUUUCCGUACGCAGCAUCCAAAGCCGCGAUGAAUCAGAUGACCCGGAACUUGGCUGUGGAGUGGGCGCGCUUUGGAAUCCGCGUGAAUGCAGUGGCUCCGGGGGCCAUAGCCACACCCCUCGUGGCGAAGGCCAAUCCCAUUUACAUUGACGACUUCCGACAGCGCAAACCUCUCGGACGCUUGGGCGACGUGAUGGAGGUGGCACGGCCCAUCGCGUUCUUGGCCAGUGAUGCGGCGGCCUUCAUCACGGGGCAGACGCUGCAUGUGGACGGCGGCUUCACAGCCACCAGCUUCAACGAAGUUCCGGACUACUGGGACGACUGA